AUCUUUUGUUGUUCUAUUUUUCUAAAGUGUUUUUUUUGAUGGAAACGAAAGUAUUCUUCAUUUAAAAACAAAGGAAUUGAAAAGUAAUCAGAAAGAAUACGUUAAUUAUUUGAUGUAGUCUUUUUUUGUUCAUGGUUGAACUAUCGAGGAAUAGUUACGAAUCUUCAACUGUCUAUAGUGACUGUUUUCAAUUACUAAUAAAAGGAGAAGGGGAUUUCACCUUUUAGUAAAACAAGAAAAGAGACAUAAGAGUCUACUUUUUUCGAUUUUUUCAUAUGAUAGGCAUAUUUAUCUGAAUAAAACAAUUAAAUACUCUGUAAAAUGUUGGAAAGCGACUGCGUUGGCAAUCCAGAUUCACACCAACAACAUGAAGUUGAAUGGAUACAUAAACUUUAUAAAAUAUCUGCAGAAUUGAAGAUAAGAGAUAUAAAUUCAUUAAAAUUUUUACUUAAAGAUUUAGUAUCAUCUUCAAAAUUAGAGAAAACUGAUCGAGGAUCGGAAAUUAUGACUUUACUAAUUGACAAUAAUAAAAUAGAUUUAACAACUGGGAACAUGGAUUGCUUGCAGGAAUGUCUUUAUUAUAUUGGGAGAAGGGAUUUACUAAGGCACCUAAAUAUAUCCUCCAGGCAAGUGAUGGAUGGUUUAAAGACGAAGCGAUCCACCCUUAGCAAUUAUAGAUUACUAUUGCAUAAGCUGUCUGAAGAGAUAAAAAGUGACGAUUUUAAGAACCUUAAAUCAUAUGUUGAAAUGAGCGGUUGUACGUCUAGAGGAAAAUUAGACGAAGCAGAGACAUCGCAGCAAUUAUUAAUGUUACUCGAGGAGGAGGGCCUCAUCACAGAGAAUGAUAUUAAGUUCUUAAAAGCAGCCUUUGGUGAGAUUCUAUCCGAUUGUGGUUAUUUGGAGAAAUUAAUAGAAGAAUACGAGUCCAUUAAUGGACAGAUUUUGGGGCAAAGUGAUUUCGAAACUGACUCCGGAAAGAAAAUAAAUAUUCCAAGUAAAUUAACACUCAACAUUGAAAGAGAAUCUUAUACAAUUGAUACUAAGCCUAAAGGCUAUUGUAUAAUUAUUAACAACGCAAAAUUCCUGAACGAUUGUUUACCUGUUAGAAAUGGAGCUGAGGAAGAUAUAAGGAAUAUACAAAGAGUAUUUACUAAAUUAAAUUAUGCAAUAAAGCUCUUCAGGGAUCUGACAGCAUCCGAAAUGGAGAAGGUAUUAGGAAAUAUAGCAUCCGAGAAUCAUUCCAAUUUCAGUUGUCUGGUAUGUUUUGUUCUAUCCCAUGGAACAACUGGUCACGUAUUCGGAAGAGACCGCAGAAAGCUCGAAAUAAUGAAAAUUCCAAACUUUUUCGGUGCUUCCAAAUGUCCUAGUUUAUCUGGCAAACCAAAAUUAUUCUUCAUCCAGGCUUGCCAAACAGAAGGCGAGACGGCGCUUUUUGUAAGGAGAAGAAAUAUUGAAUCAGACGGAGUUGAAGAUAAUAUUGUGAGUGAUAUGGCUGAUAUCCUAAUAGGAUAUUCAACCGUCCCUGGCUUAAAAAGUUUUAGAAGUAGAUCCGAAGGUAGUUGGUAUAUUAAGCAGCUUUGUGUGCAAAUAGCAAGAAAUUACGACAAACAUGACGUUCUACAAAUUUUAACAAACGUCAAUCGGGAAAUAGGCAAAGUUAACGCUCCAUUCGAAAAUGGAUAUUACAAACAAACUCCAGCUCCCUACUUCACUUUAACUAAAGCGUUCUUCUUUUAG